AAGUCGAGGCAGAAGGAUGUGAUCGAGCUGAAAAUCACCUGGAUUCUGGCAUUCAUGGUGACACAUGCAUGGGCUCAGAUCGGAUGGAGAUGUGUAAAAGACAGAUGCAGGUUCAUCAGGAAGCAGCUGCCAGUGUCCUCCAAGCGCACCACAAGAUGGGAAACACCCCCAGCAACGCCUCGAACGCCUGCUGCUUCUGCUGGUGCUGCUGCUGUAGCUGCUCCUGUUUGACUGUUAGGAGUGAGGACGAAGCUAUACAAAGAUCUAUGUUUGAGCCCAGGUCAGAAGGAAACUCAAAUUGUGAAGAAAGCCCGAAGCCCACUCUGGAAGACGCUUGCUCCUGGGCACUGUCGUUUGAAAAGGUGAUGAAAAGCGCAGCUGGACGGAGCUGCUUCAGGCAGUUCCUGAGGACAGAGUUCAGCGAAGAGAACAUGAUGUUCUGGCUCGCCUGCGAGGAGCUCAAAAAAGAGACCAACAAGACUGUGGUGGAGGAGAAGGUCCGGCAAAUAUACGAGGACUUCAUCUCCAUUCUUUCCCCUAAAGAGGUGAGUUUGGAUUCCCGCGUUCGAGAAGUGAUCAACCGCAACAUGUUGGAGCCGACCUCGCACACGUUCGAGGACGCUCAGCAGCAGAUCUACACGCUGAUGCAGAGAGACUCGUACCCUCGCUUCAUAAACUCGUCUGCGUACAUGGAUCUGAUGAAGAGCCUGGAGGAGCCGCCUCCUCUGGCCGAACCAUAGACUCUCCUCUGCCACACACAGCUUUCUGGCGCAUGCAUCCCACACACACACUAUUUAUGUAUAUA